AUGGCCGAAGCUUCUUCGGGCGUCCUGCCCGCCUACGGGAGUUCCAGCCAUCUGUCGUCUGGGCCUCCGUCUCCCUCCCUAUCUCGACACCACCGCUUGAGCCGACGAGGCUCCAUCACAGCCGACGAUCCACCAGACGAACGAACGGGUCUCUUGCAGAGCCAACGGUCGCGGACAGCACGACACCCGCAUCUCAACCGGUCGCACAGCUAUGCCGGAACCGCCACGCGGCACCACAGCCGGGCGGGGUCAUGGGGCCAACGCCUGAUCGGCGUCCUGUCUGACCGACAGGAAUCCAUGGCCGAGUCCAAGGCGUCCAUCGCGCCCGACGAGCGGGUAUGGUAUGACCAGUUUACGUCGACUGACUGGGUACACGAUAGCAUACUAGACGCAUAUCGCGUCAAAGCGCUACGCAGCCGCAAAGACUUUUGGGGCCGAGUGUAUGUCCUCUUUGACGGUGCGCAAGGCUGGGUGCUUUCGGCGCUAGUCGGAUUUGUAGUUGCAGUUCUGGCCUAUGCUAUCGAUGUGUCCGAGGCUGUGGCUUUUGACUACAAAUAUGGAUAUUGCACAUUGGGGUGGUUUAUGACCGAAAAGCAAUGUUGUCCCAACGGGCUUUGUACCGACUGGCGUGAGUGGGCUGAAGUGCUUGGCGUUCAGGGCCUCGGUGAGAUCUGGGUAGAAUACGCGUUGUACAUACUUGGUGUCAUCGUGUUCGCUGCACUCGCCUGCCUUCUUACAUUGACGACAGAGACAGUGGUGCCCUCGGCAUUUCGGCUGUCCACGCUCGACGAAAACUUGGCUGCAGAGCCCGUCUCUUCUAGGCUCGAGGACGACGCUGCCGAGGAUGGGGACAACGGCGUUGGCGGCAGCUCGGGUCGCAUGCACUACGGUGGUGUUCACAAUGCCGAUGGUGGUGUCAGUUCCAGCAGCAGCCCUGCCCCUCCAGAGGACAAGCCGGCCCAGUCCCUACCCCCCAUGGUGUACUUCUCUGCGGCCGGCAGUGGUGUUGCAGAAGUGCGGGUGAUCCUGAGCGGUUUCGUGUUGCACGGAUUCCUUGGUUUCAAGACACUUGUGAUCAAGUCACUUGGUUUGGUGCUCAGUGUGGCGUCCGGUCUGAGUCUUGGCAAAGAAGGCCCCUAUGUUCAUAUUGCAACCUGUGUCGGCAACAUUGCGUGCCGCCUGUUCGCAAAGUAUGACCGGAACGAUGCGAAGCGACGAGAGGUGCUAUCUGCGGCCGCAGCGGCCGGUGUGGCCGUCGCCUUCGGCGCUCCUCUCGGCGGUGUGUUGUUCUGUCUUGAAGAAGUGGCCUAUUUCUUCCCUGCCAAAACGCUCUUCCGCACCUUCUUCUGCUGCAUCACGGCGGCCUUGACCCUCAAAUUUCUGAACCCGUACGGCACGAACAAGAUUGUCAUGUUCCAGGUGCAGUAUCCCGUGGACUGGGAAUACUUUGAGCUGGGAAGUUUCGUGGCUGUCGGUGUUCUGGGUGGCGUGGCUGGUGCCAUGUUCAUCAAGGCAUCACGCCUGUGGGCCAAGUCUUUCCGAGGGGUUCCCCUGAUCAAGAAGCACCCUCUCCUGGAGGUGGUGCUUGUUGCCCUUGUGACUGGCCUCAUCGGCUACUGGAGCGAUCUGACCAAGCUGCCUGUCGCUGAGCUUCUCUACAACCUGGCCGCGCCCUGCGACGUCACAGACAACAACCUCCAGGAUCUUGGCAUCUGCCCAACUGAGGUGACUGAUAUCCCGCCGAUUUUGCUCAAACUUUUUGGCGCGUUCUUGAUCAAGGGCGUCUUGACGAUUGUGACCUUUGGCAUCAAAUUGCCGGCUGGUAUCUACGUGCCGUCCAUGGUUGUCGGCGGUCUCAUGGGUCGCAUUGUAGGCCAUGUCGUACAGUGGGUAGUUCUCAGCUUCCCGACAUGGCCUGUUUGGGGUACGUGCCCUGCUAUUGGCGAGGCAUCAUGCAUUCAACCUGGCGUCUACGGACUGAUUGCUGCCGGGGCUACGAUGUGCGGUGUCACUCGGCUUUCCGUGACACUGGCCGUUAUUCUGUUUGAGAUUACAGGCAGCCUCGACUACGUUUUGCCGUUUUCGCUGGCCAUUCUGGUCGCCAAGUGGACUGCCGAUGCCAUUGAGCCUCUGUCUAUCUAUGAUCUUCUCACUGAGAUGAACUCGUAUCCCUUUCUGCACAACAAGCACAAGCCCGUCUUCACGUCGGAUCUGGCUGAUAUCGUGCCACGUGUCCGCCGCAGCCGCAUCAUUGACAUUUCAUCGUCGCCGCUGGUCAAGGCCACCGUCCUGCGCCAGAAGUUGGAGAUCCUUCACCGUGCAGGUGAGCUCGAUGGUGGACUGCCCAUUGUGCGGCAUGACGUUCUCGUGGGACUGAUCCCGGCCCCCGACCUUGAGUUUGCGCUCGAUAGCCUGCGCGAUGAGUCGUCGAGCCUGUGUCUCAUGGCUUCCGUCCCGAGCAUUGAUGACUCAGACGAUGAUGACCGUGGAAUCGACCCGACCGACUUCACCCCAUACAUUGACCCGGCCCCUGUCGCCCUUGACAUCCGGUCCCCGAUGGAUCUCGUCCACGAAUGUUUUGUCAAGCUAGGUCUUCGGUACAUUUGCGUUCUUCGCGAUGGUCGCUAUGCUGGCAUGGCCCAUAAAAAGACUUUUGUGAAGUACGUCCGGGACCUCGAGGAACACCAACAUCACGCUUUGUAA